GGGGUCAGGAAAAGGGCUAGGAAGGUCCGUAUGCUGACGUACGGUGACAGUUGUUGGAGCCGGAACUCUGGCGAUGCCGGCUGCCCUUUCGCACUUCGGAAUCGUCCUCGGUGUCAUCUUGAUCCUGUGGUGUGGUCUAACCUCCGCAUUCGGGCUUUACCUCCAGUCUCGAUGCGCCCGAUAUCUCGACCGAGGAUCCUCCUCCUUCUUCGCCCUAUCGCAGAUAACCUAUCCGAAUGCGGCCGUCAUUUUUGAUGCCGCCAUUGCCAUCAAGUGCUUCGGCGUCGGCGUUUCCUAUCUCAUUAUCAUUGGCGACUUGAUGCCGGGAGUUGUAAGGGGUUUCGACAGCGGCGCCGACGAUGUGCCGUUCUUGGUGGAUCGCAAUUUCUGGAUCACAGCCUUCAUGCUUCUCAUCAUACCCCUGAGCUUCCUGAGGAGACUCGAUUCCCUCAAGUACACCAGCAUUGUGGCAUUGGUGUCCAUUGGUUAUCUCAUCAUCUUAGUCGUCUACCAUUUCGCCGCUUCCUCCCACCCAGACAGGGGCGACAUCCGGGUGAUUACUUGGGAGGGCCCAAUCGCCGCCUUGGGCAAUCUCUCAGUCAUUAUUUUUGCCUACACCUGCCAUCAAAACAUGUUUUCUAUUCUCAAUGAGAUCAAGGACUAUUCCCCCGCGAGCAUUGUUGGAGUAAUCAGUGCGAGCAUCGGCUCAGCGGCGUCUAUCUAUAUCCUGGUGGCAAUCACCGGGUAUCUCACAUUCGGCAACAGCGUCGUGGGUAACAUUGUCUCGAUGUAUGCUCCGUCGGUUGCUUCAACAAUUGCAAAGGCGGCUAUCGUUGUACUGGUCACUUUCAGUAUUCCCCUUCAGGUGCAUCCGUGCCGGGCUUCUCUCGAUGCUGUCCUGAGCUGGCGCCCCAACGGGAAUUCACGUACCCAGACUGGCAGUCCAGGUCGGCCUUCGUCGUCCGCGAGCCAGUCACUCCUUCCUACGCCAAAUGCACCCGGCGGUCAUGACCAUGGACCGACAACGGCUCCCAUGUCGGACCUCCGUUUCGCGGUCAUCACCACUGUCAUCUUGGUGCUGAGCUACGUGACAGCUCUCACUGUCUCUAGUCUCGACCGCGUGCUUGCUUAUGUCGGUAGCACUGGUUCGACUGCCAUCAGCUUCAUCUUACCCGGCCUUUUCUACUACAAGAUCAGCGACCCCGAUAGUCCACACCAUCAACGUCUAUCCAAGGAGGAUGACGAUGCUGACUUCGAGACUUCGUCCGACCCUGGCCUUGAAGACGGACCAGAAGCAGGUGGCUCCCGGAUGUUAGACAGCACGGCGAGCCUGGCCAGCAAUAUCAGUGCCACUGGCAGCCGGCUAUUUUCACGAUGGCGGAGGAAGUGGAGGUGGGAUCUUGAACACAUCGAGACUUUCCUAUUGCGGAAACUCGCCCUGUCCUUGGCGAUAUACGGCGUUUGCAUCAUGGUUGUCUGUCUUUCCAUGAACGCAUUCGUCUCAGUGUCGUCACACUAAAGGGUUGUCUAGUGGAGGUCUAGUAGGACUAGGUUGGGCAUAGAGACUAGAGGGGUAGAGGAUGGGAGGUGCAAACAAGCACCUGUUUCAUAUAGCAUUAUCACCAGCGCGUUAUUUAGGGUUGGAUUCACCGAGGCAUACCUAAUGAUUACCAGUCGAGUAGAUUUUCAAAGCACAAGAAUCACAAACAGCUGAAGGUAACCGGGAUAUAUGUUGGCGAUUUAGAGCUCUGCCUUGAGAAAGUUGGUCCGGCAAAUGGUCUUUCAUAUCAAGAAACUCACUUCCAACUCAAGAGUAACAGACUUUCUUAUCUUCUGCAAC